UAUUUGAAAACAGUGGAAUGCUUCGCGAACGAGUCGCCGAUUUUACGAGCAGUACAGCGUGAUGGUGUAUCGGCAGCUGAAGGUGAUACCAUACACGGAAAAUAUCUGGAGGAAAUUGUCUCUCUUUUCUUUGAGUGUGGUGGUUUUGACAUGACUCGAGCACUCAAUGACGCCGCGCAGAAAUUACAGUCACUCGUCGACAAAAUCGGUUUCCUUGUGUCUGCCAACAGUAACUCUGCCGGUACUCAGGAGAUUUCCCAUCAAACACCAAUAUCGAAGGAUUGUUGUUCACUUGGAUGGCUACCGUCACUUGCUGCUUCAGUUGGUGCAACAUCUACCGCGGUGAAUAUUAGUGAAUCGAAUGAUGCGGAAAGUGGUGGAGAUUGCACUAAUAUUCAAAAUCCGUCUGAUCCAUGCAAUGCCGCUCCAGCAAAUGCUGUCAGUGGGAUCCGCAGGGCCAGAAAGUAA